UUCCUGUUCUGUGUUGUAGCUAGAAAGUAGAAACUAGAAACAGUUUCAGUUAUGGGUUCUAUACCCCGGCUAGCUCUAGGCAUCAUGGGCAAUGCUACCUCUUUGCUGUUGUAUGCAGCCCCCAUACUAACAUUCAGGAGGGUGAUCCAGAAAAGAAGUACAGAGGACUUCUCCUGCACCCCUUAUAUCGUUGCUCUUUUAAACUGUGCUCUGUAUACGUGGUAUGGCUUGCCUGUGGUUAGCUACAAAUGGGAAAAUCUUCUUCUAGUAACCACCAAUGGGACAGGGAUGCUCAUGGAGGCUUCCUUCGUGUUGAUAUAUCUUUACUUCACAUCAGCAAAGGGCAAGUGGCAUGUAUGGUCUAUCAUGAUACCAACAGUUAUAAUUUUCUUAGCCACUGCGUUGAUCUCCUGGUGUUUGUUCUCUGAACAUCAUCAGCGGAAGGUUGUUGUUGGAAGUGUAGCACUAGCCACGUCAAUAGCCAUGUAUGGAUCUCCGUUGGUGGUUGUGAAGCUUGUCAUCAAGACGAAAAGCGUGGAGUUCAUGCCGUUCUAUUUGUCUCUGUUCUCGUUUCUCUCAAGCUCUCUAUGGUUGGCAUAUGGAUUGGUGGGCCGUGAUCUGUUUGUUGCAGCGCCUAAUAUUGUUGGCAUGCCGCUGGGGCUUACACAACUUGUGCUCUACUUUGUCUACAAGAGGAAAGAAGAAAGCAAGACGCAACCACCAAGUAUACCUUGACACACCAACGCUUCUCCCCCAGGUGGUUGGCCACGUGAACUCAUCCCCCUGCAACCGUCUCAGGAAACAUCAGUCCAUCAUUAUGCCUGUUUUAAAAUGUAUAUUGCUUUGGUGUGGAGCACUGUAAUCCCAAAGCAGGACUUCUAUUAUUGGGUCGUAUCUGCUAAACUGUUGUUUCAAUUUAAUCCUUUAGUUGGGAGACAUGAAUCACAUGGCACGUGCAGAAGGUGUUGAGCUCUGAAACCUUUACCGCAUGUCUGCUAGCACUCUGAUCUUGGUUUGCUCAUGCCAUCAACUUUACGCAACACUCUCAUGCCAGUGGGUGCCGAAUGCUUGAUCUGUUCCAUGUGUCCUUCCACGUGAAGGGAUUGGUAUGGAAAGGCCGUGACCUUUAUAAAAAGUGGCUGGCGGUUUUUAGACAGAAUGAAAAGAUCAGAAACGUGUGCGCUUGUGAGUAUGCAUGCGUGCCUGAGCGCGUGGGCGAGGGAUUGGGGGACGUAA